UAGCAGGCAGAAAAGAAAGCAUGCCGAGAUUCAGCCGACUAAUUAGACUGAUUGUGAGAAUGCUCGGAUAUUUUAGGUUAUGUUCUGACAAACGUACAGGGCGGAAUCCGCUCGAUCACCAACUUAUCAAAGCAAUAAUAUGUGAAAAUCGCGAGGGACUCCGAGGUUUGUCACGUAACAUGUAGCUGAAUUGAUCAGAGCGAACAUUAAACAGUCGUUCGCGAAACGAGAGACUUUAAUGACUGAAGACUCGAUUAGAAAGGUUAUGUUAUUGAGUUGGCCGUCGACGUGAUAGCCCGUCCGUUUGUUCGUUUCGUGAUCCGUGAUAUGAUUUCUAAGUCAUGAUGAAUAACUCGAACAAUAAAGAGACUAUAAAUCUCCUUGACCUACUGUCAGACACCGAUUCCGACGUGUCGGACUUGGUGUUCACGCCGAAGAAGAAGAAAGUCAAACGGAAGCACAGACCAGGAGGUAUGGCAAAAACGAGAGAGAACAAUUCGUGUGGCUGUAGCAAGUCGGACAUGAGGAUCCUAUCUCUGUGGCUAGCAGCGGUUUUAAUUACUUUCUGGUUGAUAACACUCUCCUGGUUGGCCGUUAUCUUGUACGGGGAGAUUAAAAAAAUGGAUAAUUCCAUAAAAUCAGAAACCCCUGGCAGACAGACCGUGCAGCGGCAGCCGCGUACCGACACCAACCCCCACGGCCAGUCGAUAUCUUGCGCACGGCGCGAGUGGCACGCGGGUUACAUCGGAGGCGUAGUCUACGUCGUUCGCGUCUUCGUUCCAUCGUUUGUUUUCUACGAAACGACUCCGAUCGAACGUGUGCGCGGGGUUCCCAAUUCGUCUCGCACCGCCUAUCGAUUCCCAAUCGUCCGGCGAACACGUAGAAGUGUCCCUAAUGGAGUGACGUACGAAAAGUCGUGUGUCUGUCCCGCACGGGGGUGGAGAUCGCAGGAGGUUCGCUGCGUUUUAAGUAGACUCACGAAUCGUGACGACGCAUACAUGAUACGAUUCAGCAUCGGCGUAACUCUGUUGUGAUACGCAACUCAAUUAGAAGCGCAUACUGGCACGAUAUUAAUUAACUAUGACCUGCACAUCGAUCGCCCAGUUAUUAGUCGCUGAUCUGGAUAAACGGAGAUAAAACAAUUGAUGAUCCUCGUUAACGAUAACGUAAAUGAACGAAUGCAUUGGACGUAGUUAAAUUCCGUUUUGCGUUGCAAAUAAUACGCUUUUUCCAUAUUUUUAGUUAUGUACGACAUUCGAUACGGCCCUGUGCCUGAUAAGAUAACGUUAACAAUAAAGCGAAAAUUCUCAGACUCUGAUUCGGUCACUAAAUUAAUCAUCCAUCGAAAGAAGGAGCUUAAAACUUUGCUUUACUAGAACCCUGCCGCUUUCUUUUUAAUCCGAAAUCGUUCGAUGAAAAAGUGUGCCGGACUCACGAUCAGAAUUUAAGCCGAUAGCUCGUCAUGAUAUCGUAAGAGUGAUCGAAAAUUGUGCACCGCUCCGUGACAACUUUGAUCGACGAUCAUCGAAGUGAUGUACGAAUAACGAUUCGAUUUUCCAUUAGCGCCUAAUGCUUUUUUCAUGCUGUUUCACAAACGUGAUUCCUGACAGAAUUGACGUUAAUUACUAGUUCCACGAUGACGAUGUUUGUGUCCUCCGUUACAUAUUAUACGAGGUCGCGCAUAUUUAACCGUCGUGAAAUUUCCGACUCUAAAGAAUAAAAGGAAACUAUCAACGAAAGCUUUUAGCGCCUCGCUUUCCUUUUUCAAUCUUCGGUCUUCAGAAGUCAUCGAGCCAGGAAAAUCGGUCCGUCGUCUUCCGGAAACGAUAUGUUCCUAUUUAUAGAAAUUUGUUUGAAGAAGCUAUUUUUAUGAGAUCUAUUUUUCUUUUUCACGGGAUUCUUUCUCUUUCGAAAAAUGCCCGUUGUUCCUUCGAUCGUCGACGUUAAUGCGAAUUCUUCCACACUGCUUCAUAAUUGAGAGACACCGAAAUGAACGUCGCCUCUAAUUUCAGUAGUCGUGUUCGAAUCGCACCGCAUCCUUCGUUUGCAGACACCCAAGAAAUUCGCACUCAAGAGCGCUUACGCGAUUGCGAUUGGUGCAAACACGGUUCGAAACGAUGUUUCGACUGGUACACUCGUACCUGACUUUGGCCGCAAACGUUCGCCAGUUAACGUCGGCGAGACUGAUAAGAGAGGCCUUCAGUAGUUUCACGGCAACACUCGCCUCGUGACGUUCGCCCAUACCCGAUUCGUAUCCUCCGCGUUGUCCAAGCCCGUGACAGUGAUCCGACGUGAGUUUCG